GCCGAAUGCAACCUUAACAUAAGAAAUCUGUUUAGGAUUUGACAUUUCAUCUUUCUUAUCACUUGGAAAUGUCUUGUUCAGAAUGGCAUGAAGAUCUAAUGAAAGUUACUGUUUUAAUUAAAGAAGAACCUCAAGAAGUACCCUUGGAAGAAGAAUCUUACGAUGAGUGUAAGCAGGAACCGGAAGUAUUGCUUGAGGAGUGCGAGUCUGUUUUGCCUGAAGAUCUUAUGAAAGUUAAUGCAAAGACCACUGAAUAUCACUCAGAAACCAGUGAUAACGAUUCAGAAGAUCUUGAAUUACAUGGAGCUCUAUCAUAUGAUGGAUGCAAGCAAGAACCAGAAAUUUUGAUUCAAGAAUAUGUUCCUGAAUUAAUAGAAGGCUGCAAAGAGGAACCCCGUUUUCUUAUGACUGAUUUCAACCGUUCUGAAGGUACUUAUAAUUUUUUAAAAGUUGGAGAGGAUAUGCCAGAAAUGCUUCAAAAAGUACUAGAAUAUAGAAUUCUAUCAGAUAAUGAAUCAAAUCUUAAAAAAAGUCGUAGGAAGACUGCUUUCUCAAAAGAAAAGCCUCAUGCAUGUUUCCAUUGUGACUACAGAACUGUGAAAGCCAGUAAUUUAAGGAAACACAUUAUGGCUCGCCAUACUGGUGAAAAGCCUUGCCAGUGCCCUCAUUGUGAAUAUAGGGCAUUACAAGCAUGCGAUUUAAAGAACCACAUAAUAACACACCAUACAGGAGAAAGGCCUCAUAAGUGUCCUUAUUGUCUCUACGAAACAGUAAAAUCUAGUAAUUUGACUAAGCACAUUAUGGCUCGUCAUACUGGUGAAAAACCCUAUCAGUGCCCUCAUUGUGACUAUAGAACACUAAUAGCUAGCAACUUAAAAAAUCAUAUAAUGGCCCACCAUACUGGAGAAAAUCCUCACCAAUGUCCACAUUGUGAGUAUAAAACAGUGCAAGCUACUAAUUUGAAAAAUCAUAUAAUGGCUCACCACACAGGAGAAAAGCCUCAUAAAUGCCCACAUUGCAGUUUUAAAACAGUUUAUGUCGGUUAUUUAAAGAGUCAUAUAAAGAGCCUUCAUGCAGGUGAUAAACCACAAAAGUGUCCUUACUGUGAAUACAUAACAGUAGAAGCUUUAGAUAUGAAGAAACAUUUAAAGACAGAUCAUGUAGGAGAAAAACCACAUAAAUGUCCCCAUUGUGACUACAAAACAGUGAAAGCUAAUAAUUUAAAAAAACAUAUUAAGGCUCGACACACUGGAGAAAAGCCAUGUGAAUGUCCUCACUGUGAUUACAAAACAUCACAUGCCAGUAAUUUAAACAGGCAUGUAAUGGCUCAUCAUGGAGGUAGAAAACCUCACAAUUGUCCCCAUUGCAACUAUAGGACAGCGUAUCUCAGCCAGUUAAAGAACCAUAUAAAGGCUCGGCACACAGGAGAAAAGCCUUAUCAAUGCCCUCAUUGUGAUUAUGGAGCAGUACAGGCCAACAGCUUGAAGAAUCACAUGAAAGCUCAUCACUCUCAGCAAUCCUGUCAUACAACAGAUUCAUCGAUCUUUAAAACAAGUAUAUCAAUAAUUGAUAACAGCAUAUCUACUUUUACAAGCAAUUGAAUUUGAAGUUAUAUAUUAUUAUAACUUAAAAUAAAUGUAUGUGUGUCUCACACACAGACAUGUAUGUAUAUAUUUGUAUUUAAUACACUUUCAUAUUGUCUAUUUAUUAUUUAAAAAUAAAAAUCACUCUGAAAG